CAGCGUCAAUGUCAAUAACCCCUUCGCUGAAACAAGGAUGCCCGGUUGCAAGAAAAAACUCAAAAACAAAAUCUCAUGGAGUUGUGCACUUCUUCGUCGAUCCAGAGCAAAUUCAGACCCUGGUCCUACAGCAACUCUUCCCUUGAGCCACGCCACAAACGAGGGGCAUGGAACGCCGGACGAAUUUCCCAUGUUAUCGCGAAGUAGAAGUGUGCACACGAGACCUGCAGUACCCUUCGUACAGGCUCAAGUAUCGCCAGCACCGGGAAGUGUCGUGUCGAUUUGUGAGACUGACUUCUAUGACGGGACUCCCAAGAUGUGGAAACAAAGCCAACGAUUCUUUUGCGAUGAGAUUGUCUAUUACCGACAAAGGAACCCUCAGCCACCGAGUCUCUCUGCCACUCAGUUCCAAGAAGACACCAAGAUUUGGCUCGAGGGUUUAGCUCGUAGGAGUAAAUUGGCCAGAGAUCGAUCCAACCACAAGACGCGCGACGAACAGGACAUCCUUCCAAGUGUCUCCAGCCAAGCAGGCCUGUCAGUGGCACCACUCAGGCCUACUACGAAGGUCAAACCCCGUCCAGUGGAAGGGAAAUCUGACGCGAACAACUACGAUGGACGCCGUAUGGCUGGUUCGAGCAUGAACGGCGACUCUGGGUCUGAACAUGCUGACCAGCAGAAGCACUUACACAUACCAUAUCUGGAGAGAUUGAGGCGAAGUGAAUCGCCAAGCUUGUUUCGUGCGAGCUUCGAAGAGGAGCAUGUCAACAGUAGUAACAAUAAGAGAUUAGUCUCCACUUGGUCUUCGGAUACGUUGUCGUUGUUAGCACUAGAAAACCAGGAGAAUGAGCGCAAUAGUUUCCAGCUAGAUAGCCCGUUAGAGGGAGAAGAAAAUCUUUCCACUUGUGAUCAAGACAACUGACGAACUCUAAGAGAGUACAGUGUA